UCCCUCCUCCCCCUGCCCGUUAAAACUCACUGUUCCCAAAAGUAGCAAAAGAUUUCAUAAAAAAGAAAAAGAACAACAUAUUUUCAAGAGUACAUCACCUAGUGAUAUAUGGUACUAUACCUCACAAUGAUCUCGUGUUAGCCUUGGAAGUCGUAUAGUGAACCUGCCUAAUCCUUCUUCAUCUUAAACACUAUUCUUUGAUUUUGAUCUUUCACUUCCCUUUGUUGUUUGAUUUUGGCUUAUCUUGAGAUUUUGACAUGAAUAGAGCAUUAGCAGAGACAUUGACAGUGCUGGAUAGACAAAGAGCAAGCGUGAAAUGGCAACAAGAAAGCUAUUUCAGCGAAUUAAGUGGGGUGUUUUCGACCCAAACCAGCACCCAUGUUCAUGGCUUUCAGGGUGAUUUAAUAAGCGAUGAGUCGGUGUUGGAUGACUUGGUGAUGACUCGGCAAGUGAAGCCUGACCCUAGCUUGGAGACAUCCUGGCCUGAGUUGGGGAAGGUUGACAUGGCUGGCAUGGGGUUUGGGCCAUGCGGCUACAGUAAUGGACCGAGUUUUGAUAUGAAUUACGCCAUUUCUAGGACUUUUAGCUGCCCUCCAGCUGUGGCGGCGACUAUAGCCAAAGAGGCGAUGGAGGUCAAGGGCAAAGAGUCGAUUGUCUCUGAGAACAUGGGUUCAGCCGUUGCAAGAGAAAGCUCCAAGAAAAGGAAAGCUGACAAGUUACAUAAUUCAAAGGUUGCUGCGGAUGAUGACUCUAAGAAGACCAAAGCCUGUGGAGAAGAAGCGGAAGAGUCAAAAAUUACAGGACCACCCAACACCAACAAAAGCAGCACCAAGCAGGAACCUUCUGCUGAUACUUCCAAGGAGAAUUCAAAGCUCACUGAGGUUCAAAAGCCUGAUUAUAUUCACGUCAGGGCGCGUCGUGGCCAAGCCACUGAUAGCCAUAGCUUAGCUGAGAGAGUUAGAAGGGAAAAGAUCAGUGAAAGAAUGAAAUAUCUGCAAGAUUUAGUUCCAGGGUGUAAUAAAAUCACUGGGAAAGCUGGAAUGCUUGAUGAAAUAAUCAAUUAUGUUCAAUCUCUUCAACGACAAGUUGAGUUCCUAUCCAUGAAACUAGCUGCUGUAAAUCCCAGGCUUGAUUUCGACAUUGACAAUCUUUUUGCCAAAGAUGUAUUUCCUCCUUGUAUGACUAAUUUCCCAACAGUUGGGAUGUCAUCAGAAAUGGCAAAUCCUUCUUAUCUUCACUUCAAUCCAGUUCAACAAGUGGUUGCUUGUUCUGGAGUUGAAAUGGGAUUGAACUCUCCCGACAUUGCUCUUUGGAGAACCAUUAGUGCUCCCGAAUCGACAAUCCCGGACGCAUCAUUUCUGGAUACAUCCUGUUUCACUCAAAUUCAGCCCUCACCAACAUGGGACGUUGAAUUGCAAAACGUUUACAAUGUGGCAUUCGAACAUGGAAGAUCAACAACACCCUUCCCAUCUCAACCAUUUGCAGCUGCAGGUUCCAUUGAAGCUAGCCAUCUAAAGAUGGAGAUGUGAAUCAGAAUACGAGUUGAUGAUUCAUUGAUGAUCGAGUUAAUUCCAGAUGCCUUUGAUCGAUAUUCUUUUCACCCCCCCUUUUUUGCUUCUUUUAAGUAUAUAUAUGGUAUAUAUGUUUGUACGUAUACUUGAAAACAGUAUGAAUAAGAUCAAUACUGAUUAACUUCAAA